GCGGCUUCCUGGUGCCCUCCUCUCGGCGCAGCGGCGUGGAGUCUCAGAAGCCCGCACGCGCUCCACUCAGAGGCUGCUAAGAUUCUGCAAAGUAACCGAGCUGCAGCCAAAAUGCUCGUUUUAUUCGAGACCGCCGCUGGAUACGCGAUAUUCAAGGUCCUCGAUGAAGCCAGGCUGCAAGAAGUUGACAGCCUCUACAAGGAGUUUUUAACUCCCGAGAAGGCAAACAAAAUUGUGAAACUGAAGCACUUUGAGAAGUUUCAGGACACCACAGAGGCCUUAGCAGCUGCCACGGCCCUAACCGAAGGGAAAAUUGGCAAGAGUUUGAAGAAAGUGUUGAAGAAGGUCGUGGCAAAGGAUGCUCACGAGCAGCUGGCCAUCAGCGAUGCAAAGCUUGGUGGUGUCAUUAAAGAAAAGAUGGACCUCACCUGUGUCCACAACUCUACUGUGGCUGAGCUAAUGAGGUGCAUCAGGGGUCAGAUGGAGAACCUCAUCACUGGGCUCCCACCCAAGGAGAUUAGCGCCAUGUCCCUUGGAUUAGCUCACAGUUUAUCCCGCUACAAGCUGAAGUUCAGUCCAGACAAAGUGGACACUAUGAUUGUGCAGGCCAUCUCUCUUUUGGAUGACCUGGACAAGGAGCUAAACAACUACAUUAUGCGCUGCAGAGAGUGGUACGGAUGGCACUUUCCAGAGUUGGGAAAGGUUGUGACUGACAACUUGAUCUACUGCAAAGCUGUACGCAAAAUAGGUGACCGCACAAACGUUGCCGGCUCCGAUCUGUCAGAAAUCCUCCCAGAGGAAAUCGAGGCAGAGGUCAAAUUGGCUGCGGAGAUCUCCAUGGGAACCGAAGUGUCUGAGCAGGACAUCGGCAACAUCAGGCACCUCUGCGAUCAGGUGAUUGAUAUCACAGAGUACCGAACUCAGCUGUACGACUACCUGAAGAACCGAAUGACGGCCAUCGCCCCCAACCUGACCGUGAUGGUGGGAGAGCUGGUCGGAGCCCGUCUCAUCUCGCAUGCAGGUUCCCUUCUGAAUCUGGCCAAGCAUCCAGCCUCCACCGUGCAGAUCCUCGGAGCAGAGAAGGCUCUGUUCAGGGCCCUGAAGACUCGCAAAGACACACCCAAGUACGGUCUCAUCUACCAUGCCUCCCUGGUGGGCCAGACCAGUGCUAAGAAUAAGGGCAAGAUCUCCAGAAUGCUGGCAGCUAAAGCGGCGCUGGCCAUUCGCUACGACGCCCUGGGAGAAGACACGAAUGCAGAGAUGGGAGUGGAGAACCGAGCCAAGCUGGAGAUCAGGCUGCGCCAUCUGGAGGAGAAAGGAAUCAGACGAAUCAGCGGAACGGGCAAAGCAAUGGCAAAGGCCGACAAAUACCAGCACAAGAGUGAAGUGAGAAUUUACGAUCCAUCUGGCGAUUCUACCAUUCCCUCCACCUCAAAGAAGAGGAAGUUGGAGGAGAUGGAGGAGGCUGAAGAGCCCGUAACACCGGCAGUCAAAUCCAAAAAGGCAAAAAAGCAAACCGUACAAGAAGUAGUAGAAGAAGAAGAGGAGGAGGCAGAAGAGCAGACGCCCAAGAAAAAGAAGAAGAAAAAGGUCAAGAAAGAGGAGGAACCAGAAGUGGAAGAGGUAGCCGUCACAAAGUCAACAGAAAAGAAAAAGAAGAAGAAAAAGAAAAUCCAGGAGGAAGAAGAUGACGGUAGCCAUAUCCCAGAUUUCUAUUGCUUUUGGUACGUUGGGGAAAUAUAUACAUUUACCAAAAUGUCACAAUUACAAGCGAGGUUCUUCACGGAAAAUAAAAGGUAUGUUGUAGAUGACGUCCCAUUCUCCAUCCCUGCUGCCUCUGAAGUGCUGGAACUCAGCAAUGUCAUCAACAAGCUACUGGAGGCCAAGAAUGCGUCUCACAGCAAAGUGGAGUUCGACUUCCUGGUCAGGGGUCAGUUCCUGCGAACGUCGCUGGCCACUCACAUGGAAACCGAAGGCAUAUCAACGGAAGACGUGGUGGAGAUCGAGUACGUUGAGCGGAUCACAGCACCAGAGGCGGAGGAGUGCAUGAUGCACGAUGACUGGAUUAGCGCCGUGGAUGCAGAUGCUGAAUGGAUCCUCACAGGGUCGUAUGACAAGACAGCCCGGAUCUGGUCUGUGGAGGGAAAGGCAGUGAUCACUGUGGCCGGACACACUGAAGUGGUGAAAGACGUGGCCUGGGUGAAAAGAGACGGUCUGACCUCUCUGCUGCUCACGGCCUCUCUGGACCAGACCCUCCUGCUGUGGGAGUGGAACUCCGAGCAAAACAAGGUGAAAGCCCGACACUGCUGCAGGGGACACACGGCGAGCGUCGACGCGGUUGCUACGGACCCCACCGGCUCAAGGUUCUGCAGCGGCUCCUGGGACAAAAUGCUGAAGAUCUGGUCGGCAGUGCCCACGGAUGAGGCGGACGAGGUCGGAGAACCCGCCGACAGACCGAGGAAGAAGCAGAAAACUCAACAGCUCGGCCUCACCAGGACCCCACUGAUGACGUUGUCCGGACACAACGAGGCAGUGUCCUCCGUCCUGUGGACUGACAGUGAGGAAGUUUGCAGUGCAUCAUGGGACCACACCAUCCGCAUAUGGGACAUUGAGACUGGAGGAAUGAAGACCACGUUGACGGGCAGCAAAGUGUUCAACUGUAUUUCCUACUCCCCUCUGUGUCGCCGGCUGGCCUCCGGCAGCACCGACCGGCACAUCAGACUGUGGGACCCUCGAACCAAAGACGGCUCGCUGGUGCAGCUGUCCCUGACGUCCCAUACCGGCUGGGUCACCGCCGUGAAGUGGGCGCCGUCGCACGAGUACCAGCUGGUCUCCGGUUCCCUUGACAACCUGGUCAAACUGUGGGACACCAGAAGCUGCAAGGCUCCUCUGUACGACCUGGCAGCCCACGAGGACAAAGUGUUCUGUGUGGACUGGACAGAAAGCGGGCUGAUGCUGAGUGGAGGUGCAGAUAACAAACUGUACACCUACAGAUGCUCAGCCGGUCCGACGGAUGCCGGCGCGUAGGUUGGACGACGAGGACAUAAUGAUGGACAUUAUCAGUGUUGUAACAGGCGACAAUUCGUUUGUUUUUAGCCCCUCUCAAAUUUGACACAUAUUUUCUUAUCAACUGUUUUGUCAUCCCACCCAAGAAAAACUAUAAAUUAAUUUUGUCUCUUAAAAUGUCUCUUCUAUUGACGUUUCAUUCAUUAUUGCAAGAUAGUUGAUUAGUUAUAUUUUGAUGAUGGCAAUAGUGAACUACCCUUAUAGGAUGCCAAAAACCACAGUGAUCAAAUGAGAAAUGCCCAGAAAAGGUUCAAACUUUAUUAAAGUAUUGUAUUAGAUUGUUAUUGGUUGUUUCUUUACCCCCCGCUUUGUUUGAUGACUGCGAAUAAUGAUGAUGGAAGUGUAUCAUAGUUUGGUAUACAAUUGUAUUGUCACGGGAUAUCAUUGUUUAUGUGUCAGAUAUACUUCACAAUGUAUAAUAAUGUACAUUAUCAACGUCUUUGUUUUUUUGGUUAGCAAAAAAAAAACUUUUGGGGAACAACUUUUAUCCUCAGACCGGUUUGAUCAGAGAGGAAUUAAAAUGAAGAUGUGUCACUCAGUUUUGUUUUUUUUGCUCACCACAAUAUCCAAGUAAGGAUUUCAUUGAAAACCCGGUGAAUGUGGAUAGCACUGCUUUCAUUGAUUUCACACGCACGCAUCUGCUCAUCUGCCACGUGUUCUUCUGGUGUGAAAACCGCAAAACAUUAAACCCAAGUUACGAGAUAUUCCAA